UUGGUGGGAAUGUAAGCAGUGAAUAGACUGUUGUUACAGUAGAAUGAUUCCAUCACUUAAACAUUGUUUAAAGGUUUAAUAAAUUCCUUUGUAACAAGCAUUACAGUGGGCUUUUCUUAUCUCCAUUGUAUAUAUGAUACGUGAUUAAACAGGCUUACAGAGGUUUUUAAAAAAAUGGCUUAAAGUCAGUAUUUGGCAGGGAGAGCUGGGACUGCAACCCUAGGUCUAUUCCAUUCAAAAGCCUCUGCUCGGGCCUCCCUGGUAGCGCAGUGAUUGGGAGUCCGCCUGUCGAUGCAGGGUACACGGGUUCGUGCCCCGGUUCGGGAGGAUCCCACAUGCCGCGGAGCGGCUGGGCCCGUGAGCCAUGGCCGCUGGGCCUGCGCGUCCGGAGCCUGUGCUCCGCGGCGGGAGAGGCCACAACAGUGAGAGGCCCGCGUACCACAAAAAAAAAAAAAAAAAAGCCUCUGCUCUUAACCACUCUGCCAUAGGUUCCUAUUUCACGGCCGGCUCCUAUAGUUCUCACCUGGGAAGAACUCCCUCCUUCCGACUCCCUCCCUCAGAAAUUUAGCCCUUAUCUGCAGAGGUCUCUUCGGCCUCUCUGCCUCUCCUUACUAUGAGAAAGGCUGCAGUUCUACCAGUGGGCAAAAAGGAUCACUCGGGAAUAGCUGCUUGAGAUCCUAGCGGCACGAAUACUGCAGGGGACCGGAUUUUAGUCCCUAGAUUCUCCAGUAUUGCCAUUUUCCAAAAUACCGUCUAAAAAGAGGGAAUUAAAUGAGCUUAUUUACAUUAAGAAUCUCACGUCCGAAUUACUCGCAGCCGAUAAUCUGGCUCCCCUGCAGCCAAUGUGGUCUUUAAAAUACAUACGAAUCUAUCCCUGCAGAGUAUGAUAUCCUCCAGCGAUGGCCCCUCAUGUGUCCAGCAUUCUGCACACCCGUGCUUAUUUGCAUGUUUGUAAUCACCCGUCCACUGUCUGUCCCACUAUCACCUCACUCCGCCUUUGGCUGUCGUGGACGGGGCGGGAUUCGCAGUUGGAAUCUGAAUCCUUGCGCUCACUGCGCAGGGCUCUCCGGCUUCACCCUCAGAGUAAGGGGGGACAGGCAGCGGGUGUGGACGGGGUCCAGACGCCCCACAGUCUCUCGGCCCCUCGCCACAGAGGCCUCGGAGAGCUGUGCGAGGGAAGAGCGUUGGCAGCAGAGGCCCAAGCCCAGAUCUGUGCGCCGGAAGUGCGCGUGCGCACCCGCACCCGCACGGCGGCCGUCGGUCACGUGACCCCGACCAGUGCUUGCGAAGCCGGAAGUGGCCUGAGACACAAGGAGGCCGCGGGAGCCCGCUGGCGGUGGCGCGGCGGAGACUGGGCGAGUAUAACAAGAGCAUCACCUAACCACGCCGAGAUGCAGAGCACUUCUAAUCAUCUGUGGCUUUUAUCUGAUAUUUUAGGCCAAGGAGCUACUGCAAAUGUCUUUCGUGGAAGACAUAAGAAAACUGGUGACUUAUUUGCUAUCAAAGUAUUUAAUAACAUAAGCUUUCUUCGUCCAGUGGAUGUUCAAAUGAGAGAAUUUGAAGUGUUAAAAAAACUCAAUCACAAAAAUAUUGUCAAAUUAUUUGCUAUUGAAGAGGAGAUAACAACGAGACAUAAAGUACUUAUUAUGGAAUUUUGUCCAUGUGGAAGUUUAUACACUGUUUUAGAAGAACCAUGUAAUGCCUAUGGACUACCAGAGUCAGAAUUUUUAAUUGUUUUGCGAGAUGUGGUGGGUGGAAUGAAUCAUCUCCGAGAAAAUGGCAUAGUUCACCGUGAUAUUAAGCCAGGAAAUAUCAUGCGUGUAAUAGGGGAAGACGGACAGUCCGUGUACAAACUCACAGAUUUUGGUGCAGCUAGAGAAUUAGAAGAUGAUGAACAGUUUGUUUCUCUGUAUGGCACAGAAGAAUAUUUGCAUCCUGAUAUGUAUGAGAGAGCAGUGCUGAGAAAAGAUCAUCAGAAGAAAUAUGGAGCGACUGUUGAUCUUUGGAGCAUUGGGGUAACAUUUUACCAUGCAGCCACUGGAUCACUGCCAUUUAGACCGUUUGAAGGGCCACGUAGGAAUAAGGAAGUGAUGUAUAAAAUAAUUACUGGAAAGCCUUCUGGUGCAAUAUCUGGAGUACAGAAAGCAGAAAAUGGACCAAUUGACUGGAGUGGAGACAUGCCUGUUUCUUGUAGUCUUUCUCGGGGUCUUCAAGUUCUACUUACCCCUGUUCUUGCAAACAUCCUUGAGGCAGAUCAGGAAAAGUGUUGGGGUUUUGACCAGUUUUUUGCAGAAACAAGUGAUAUACUUCACCGGAUGAUAAUUCAUGUUUUUUCGCUACAACAAAUGACAGCUCAUAAAAUUUAUAUUCAUAACUAUAAUACUGCUACUGUAUUUUAUGAACUGGUGUAUAAACAAACCAAAAUUAUUUCUUCAAAUCAAGAACUUAUAUAUGAAGGACGACGUUUAGUUCUAGAACCUGGAAGACUGGCACAACAUUUCCCUAAAACUGCUGAGGAAAAUCCCAUCUUUGUAGUAAGCCGGGAACCUCUGAGUACAAUAGGAUUGAUAUAUGAAAAAAUUUCCCUCCCUAAAGUACAUCCACGUUAUGAUUUAGAUGGGGAUGCCAGCAUGGCUAAGGCAGUAACAGGAGUUGUGUGUUAUGCCUGUAGAAUUGCCAGUACCUUGCUGCUUUAUCAGGAAUUAAUGCGAAAGGGGAUACGAUGGUUGAUAGAAUCAGUUAAAGAUGAUUAUAAUGAAACUGUUCACAAAAAGACGGAAGUUGUGAUCACAUUAGAUUUCUGCAUCAGAAACAUUGAAAAGACUGUGAAAGUAUAUGAAAAGUUGAUGAAGAUCAGCCUAGAAGCAGCAGAGUUAGGUGAAAUUUCAGACAUACACACCAAACUGUUGAGACUUUCCAGUUCUCAGGGAACAAUAGAAACCAGUCUUCAGGAUAUUGAAAGCAAAUUAUCUCCAGGUGGAUUGCUGGCAGAUACAUGGACCCAUCAAGAAGGCACUCAUCCAAAAGAUAGACAUGUAGAAAAGCUACAAGUCCUGUUAAAUUGCAUCACAGAGAUUUACUAUCAGUUCAAAAAAGACAAAGCAGAACGUAGACUAGCUUAUAAUGAAGAACAAAUCCACAAAUUUGAUAAGCAAAAACUGUAUUAUCAUGCAACAAAAGCUAUGACCCACUUUACAGAUGAAUGUGUUAAAAAGUACGAGGCUUUUUUGGAUAAGUCAGAAGAAUGGAUGAGAAAGAUGCUUCAUCUUAGGAAACAGUUAUUAUCCCUAACUAAUCAGUGUUUUGAUAUUGAAGAAGAAGUUUCAAAGUAUCAAGACUAUACUAAUGAGUUACAAGAAACUUUGCCACAGAAAAUGUUCGCAGCCUCCAGUGGAAUCAAACAUACCAUGACCCCAAUUUAUCCAUGUUCUAACACAUUAGUAGAAAUGACUCUUGGUAUGAAGAAAUUAAAGGAAGAAAUGGAAGGGGUAGUUAAAGAACUUGCUGAAAAUAAUCAUAUUUUAGAAAGGUUUGGCUCUUUAACCAUGGAUGGUGGCCUUCGCAAUGUUGACUGUCUAUAGCUUUAUAAGAAGUUUGAGGCAAGUUUCAGUUUGCACAAGAAAAUAAUGUUGGGGCAUUAAAUGAAUGCCUCUGUAGGUGGUCUCUUGUUUCUACAUUUCACUAUUUGAUGUGGUCAUGUAAAUAUGUACAAUACUGUAAAUACAUAAAAAAUAUAUAAAUUUUUGGCUGCUAAGAUGUAAUUUUACUUUUUAACAUUUAUAAUUAUAUGAGGACAUUUGACCUCAGUGAGCACUGAGAAGAAAGCCAUGACCGAUACGUUGAGAUACUUACUGAUCCUCGACUCUUCUGAGUAAGGCCAGCUAAGUCAUAUAUCUCUGACUGCCUACUGGAAACAUUUUUAAGUGGAACCAAAAUUGGCAUCCUUACAAAUCAGUAAAGGCUGAUUGUUAACACUUUUAUAAAUGAUAGAAUGGAGAGGUAGCUUUUUUUGAGUGGGGAGCAGAACCGAACCACUGUUUUACUAGGAUCACAGUUUUUUUGAGAAGGAUAAAGUGGCAUUAUCCCAGUUAUCCUUGUAUCUGUUUAAUUUCAGGUAAAUUAUUGAGCAAAAUUUUUAAAGUGAUUUAAUUGUUAAAAACUGUUCAUUUUUAUUUUGGCCAUAAAUGUAUAAUUGUCAUAAAAAUUUUAGGAUCUUUUCAACUGUUUUAAGCUGUAUAUUUCUUCUUUACUUUAAUUCUGCUUACUACUUCAUGAAGAAGUAUCAAUAAAUUUCUCAAUUGU